AAGUGGGCAUGAGAAAGCUACUACGCUCCAGGCGCCCGAACAAAUUGUUCAAUCGAGCCUGUGAUGCGAGCGGGCUGGCAUGUGUGCCUGCGGAUCGUGUAUCGCGGCACAUUGCAGCAUCUUGACAAGUCUGCUUCCGUCGAGAACAUCUCUGCCGCCAAGUUCAAGACCAUGUUCCGGAUCACCGUCGUUCUGCUGCUCUGUGCGGCAAUCUUCUGCACGCAGAUGCCGGACAUCUUCGAAGGCUGCGUCCGUUACAACCGCAAGCACGAAGAGCCACACAAGUGCACCUUUGAGCCUCGCAGCCGUAUUCGUGGCAACGCAAGCUUCAAGCACUUUGCUCAUCUUGCUCUGAAGGAUGGCAAGAUACAACCCACAUCUGGCCAGCUGAACACUCUCCUGAGACUGACUCGCGUGGCAACCCAGAACUACAGGAGUCUGAAAAAUUUCAGCGUCCGACUGGAAUUCAAGACCACUCCUAGCCGUUGCAACACCUCGCAAGUCUACGAUCCUCACCAGUGCCUUCCACUCGGGGAAAGGGCAAAUGGUGUGUGCCAGGCGAGCUUCCAACAACACGCCGCUACGCUUGUCCUGCAGAACGCUUGCUGCAAGCCACAACACGAAAAUAGGCUAAGGGAGCGAGCGCAAGCCAGUACAAGCGCGCACCGGUCUCAGCCCUAUACGGGAGUCAGCCAGCCGUCUCCGAGUCGUCAUCGCAAGCGAACGCCAAACCAGAUUAGGGUAGCGAAGGAAGGAUAG